AUGCAGAAUACCCUAUCCCUUAGAGCAGAAAUGAAUCAGGAAAAAAACGAGUACCUGCAACACCAAACUGCUUCAUCGAAAGCAGCUUCUCGCCAUCUCAUUCGUGCAAUCAACCAGAAUUACAGGCAGGAAAGAGAAUUUUGGCAGAAGGCUGAAAUCAGGAAGAUCAGUAAGGGAGCCAGGAAGGUGACUGCCCAGAAGCAUGCCAAGAAUGACGACAGCUGCUUCUUCAGCAAAGAACCUACUCCGUCCUUUACCAGGACUCUAGUGGUGUCUCGUUGGCAGAUAAGAAGGAACGCCUCAAAGGAAUGGCUGACCAUUUUCACUACCUAUUCAACGGCUGUACUCGAGAUUCGUCAUUUCUGA